AUGCAUGAUAGGAAGCAACUUAAGAAUAGAUUUGACAUUUUGAGAAAGGAUUGGAAGUUGUGGGACAAACUUAUGUCUGGGGAGACUGGCAUUGGUUAUGAUGCAGUGACAAAUAGGGUGGAUCCCAAUUUCAAGAAAUUUAGACAUCAGGGGUUGAUGUUUGCAUCAGACCUAAUGAGGAUAUUCAAAGAUGUUGUGGCUUCGGGAGACUUUAUGUAUGCACCAUCAGCCUCACAACCUCAGCCAGCAUUCACUCCACAGCCUGACACAGAAGAGGAGGAUGUUUAUAGAGUCGGGCUCGACCAACAGGAAGGGUCGGGGGACAAUAAGGAUGAAAAUUUCGAUGUUGACCCAACAGCCACUGCAGGGAUCUCAGAUGAUUUUUCCGGUUGCAACUUAAACAACCCUUCAAGUACUAGACCAAGUGACUCAGGAAGCUAUGGAAAGAGGAAGAGGGGUGAGACGUCUGAUGCGAAGAAGAAGAAAAAAGUUGCUGCGACUACAAAAAUUUUUGAUAGCCUGAGUGUUAUAGCAGCUGCGUCUGAAAAGCGAGCAUCAGCAUUGGUUGAAGAUCCCUAA